GGUUCCGCCCGAAUUCGGCAGUUCACUAACAGAUAACAGAUAAGAGCAUUUAAUGUUUAUCAAGAUAUUGAUUCCGUCGAAUGUGAGCAACUCAGAACUUUUGUGGUUUACAGUCGACAUUACUUGCAUUAGGGUUUGGACUUAUUUCAAACCGACAUUUUUACAUUCACAGCACUCCAAACGUCACUGACAUGUUUAACUUGUACCGACAAAUAUUCGCUCUAGGUAUACUAUCGUUACUGCAUGCAGCGUAUUCAGCUGCUCAGCAUCGAUCAUAUUUACGAAUAACUGAACAAGAAUUUGAUGGAUUACCAUUUGAUAUAUUUGUACAAGGUGUAGUUAGUCUUUUUAUGUCAAUGUAUGGCAUAUUGUACUUGGCAGGCGAUUUCAAAGAAGUGAGAGCUAUUGAAGAAUUGGAAUGCAAGACAUGGGAGACAUUACACAACACACCUGCAUUUUAUAUAUUUAAUCACAGAGGUAAAACUCUGUUCUCUAAUAAGUUUUAAUUAAUUGGUGAAAAAAUCCAAGAAGGUGGGAAUGUCUUAUUUUCAGGACCUGGAAUGUUUUUUUUUUUACUUUGGUAUUUAUUUAUUAUGUUGUGUUCAGAAUUUUAUUCAACAACACUACAUUCACUUAUUUUAAAUUUAUUUGCUGUUACUUUCUUCAAUUACAAUUUACUUCAAUUAGAUUGUGAAUAAUUAAGAUAUAGUUUAAGACAAAUUAAUUUCAUACUUAAAAUAUAACUGAAAUUUUAAAUAAAAUAAGCAAACAGAUUAUGUUCUUAUUUUAAUUAUAAGUGGUUUUGUAUGAAUGUUUAUAAUUGUAUGAUAAGCAAGAUUAAUUAAUUGUAAAAUACAUAAAAUAUCAUAAUGAA